AUGGCUCCGUAUCCGAUAUCGUAUGCCGCCCGCCCGCGACUCCCGGGUCCGACGUUCCAUCCCCUAACUCCCGGGUUGUCUCCGCUCUCGGAUAACUUCCUUGAGCUAGCAGGAAGAAGAAGACCAGUCAUCCAACAAACCGAAGUGCCCAGUGAGUGGGCUCCGAGCGCACCAGAGGAGUUUGAGCUCCCCAGGUGGCAGCCGGAUGCUGAAGCCACCUCCUGUCCCAUCUGCCGGGCGCAGUUCAGUUUCUUUAUUCGCAAGCACCACUGCAGGAAAUGUGGUCGAGUGGUGUGCGCUUCCUGCUCUCCUCACAGAAUAACCAUACCCCAUCGGUACAUUGUACGACCGCAGAGGUCUGAUGGUCCGCUGACAACUGUCGCGAUGCUCGACGGCAUCAGGCCGGGUUCCGCCGUAUUGGAUGGUCGACCGGGCGGCAGACGCGUUCGCAUCUGCAACCCAUGCGUUCCAGAUCCCAACACGGCGCCGCCUCCACCAAGCCCUUUGCCGCCAACCGGAGGAAAUGCGUCACCGUCGCAUCACAGGUCUCGCAGCACUCUGGGUGGAUCGCAAGACGGCGUACACCCGUCGAAUAGAUACGGAACUGUGCUUGACACAGAUGAUGGUCGCGACCCCUUGCAGGUCUUCGCUAGAAUUAGAAGUAUAUCAAUGCGCGGCCUUCCCCCUGCCUCAACCUCCUCAGGCGCCCCCGCCAAUCCGAUGAGCGCCCCCAACACUGAGGACCGUGGCAGGGAGCAUCAGUUUGUCCGGCCCCUUCACCCGUACAUCGCACCAUCGACCUUCCGAGGUAGACAUAGUUACGGAUUUGAAAACCUCGCGUCAUCCUCUAGACAGCGGGCUCUGCCGCCUCCACCUCAGAUUCCCGAGGAGGACGAAUGCCCAGUUUGCCAUGGAGAGCUCCCGGCCAGGACCUUGCCGCGUUUCGAGAGGCUCCGGGAAGCUCAUAUCAAUGCUUGCAUACAGGUUUCCAUCACCUCGCGCAUGCCUUACGGGGAAGAGAUGCCUCGCAGAACAGGCAUGUACGUGUACACGGCGACCGAGAAGGAUUGCGUCGACGACGCAGAGUGUACAAUAUGCCUCGAAGAGUUCGCCGUCGGGGUUUCCAUGGCCAGGUUGGAGUGCCUGUGCAGAUUCCACCGCGCUUGCAUUUCGGCCUGGUUUGAGACCCGCCCAGGUCGAUGUCCCGUGCAUCAGCAUGACGGGAGUGGAUUCUAG